CACUAACAACCCGUGCUACCGGACUCCGGAUACAGUAUUAUAGACCUAUCUUUUACGACAACCAAAAACGACACACCAAACUAUUAUUUUUAUUUUAUAUUUUCGAGAGACAAGCUAGACUUAUUGUAUCAACUGUUUUCAUUGGACAAGAUGGAUGAUAGCCCUGUCAUAGAUAAAGAUGAUGAAGGUUUUGCUGACUGUGACAGUCCGGAAGAUGAUACCAUGGAAACCAAUCUUGCUGCUGAGGGAGAUGAUGAAGUAUUGAAUGGUCCACGAGCGACCGUGUAUUACCGUGUGCCAAUAUCCCCAACAGAGAAGGAACAACAAGGUGUAGACAUAUCUAAAGAGGAAAUUGAGGAGAUGAAAAAAAGUGAACCAUAUCAGAAAAAAAUAUCUACAUGUCAUUUAUGUAAACAAUGUUGGUUUGAGAACCGUUUUUCUAAACAUUGCCCAGAAUGUGGCGGAUACAGUCUGCAGCGACCUUGUGUUGUUUGUUCCGGUCAAUGUGAUCAAAUGUGGAGGAGGAAUAUUGCCAAGACACACACAUUCCACAAAGCUCACUGGGAAGGCCGUUGUGAUUUACCUUUAGAUAUUCAGCAGGCUUUAAUGCAGCAGUCGGAGACAAGUCAGAGUGAGAGAACUAUAUCUGACGGCCUGCAGUGUCUCUCUACAACAUAAUUACAUACACCAGUACAAUAAUGUGAUCUUAUUUAAUGAAAUGAACAUUCCUCAUGGUCGAAGAGUGAGAGGAAAUUUUGUUUAUCUCUGUUAAGGUCUGCAAUAGAAUACUGUUUGUUUGCCGUUUCGGACCAACUUGCCCAAAAAUGGGCUUUGUUUGUGAAUUCUUGUUUUGUUUCUAUGCGAAGAUAAUUUAAAAAAAGAACUUUAAAAGUAAAACUUUUGUUUGUAUUAGUAAUACCAUUAAAAAUAGACAUUCAAAUUGAAAUUCAGUAGUAAAAUCAAAAUUGUAUUUGUGUAUGUAUUUUCCAGCAUUAAGAUAGUGAUAUUUUAGAUUAUAUUUGAGUACUGGUUUUCAUAUUAUACAUAAUGUCUGACAGAAAAAAAAGAAGAAAAAUUUACCUACCAACCUAAAUCCAAAAAGUAUGAGUUUGAAAUGGCAAACAAAUAUUUCUUUAAUGGUUGCCUAAUGUUUAGGAAAAUAUGUUACAAAAAAGGAAAAAAGGUCUGCUGUGCAGAAUGUUAUAAAUAGGAUAGGGCUGUAUGUACUGAGAUGUGGUUCUGAAUUAUAUUCUGCUUCAUGAUUUAUAAUAAUGCAUUGUUGAAUUUUUGUUUUAACUUGAAUAUAGGGUAUUAGUACCGUUAGAACCACUGUUCAUUGUCUAUAGGCAUGGUUUUGAUAAAUAAUUAAUAUAUGGUUUUUACAAUGUCCAUAAGGUUGGUCAAUGAGUCCGGUUUUGUUUAACAAAAUAUACAUGCUUUUUAUGGUUUUCACAUGUGUAUCAGCCUGGUUUUUGUGUCUAGAUAUAUAUGGUUCUUUCACUGUUAUGUGUGGCUAUUUGCCUGGUUUUGUGCCAGAAAUAUAUGGUGAAUGCAUUGUUCAUUUGUCAACCAGCCUGGUAUUGUUAAACAAUAAAUAUAUGGCCAUGUGUGUGUCAGCAAGGUUUGAUUGUUGAAACGUUGAAAACUUGGACUAAAUUGACAUAUCUCAUUUUUAGCGUUUAAUUAUUUCUUUGAAUUGAAGAUAGUACGAAAAAGAUAUCCUAUUCAAUUUUCAUGCAGUAACUUCUUCUGACAAAUUUCUAUAUUCAUGUUUGCUUGUUUUUCUGGAUAUUUUUACACCAAUUUUAACACAUUUUUGGCCAUAUGCCUGCGGGUGAUCCAGCCACCUGGCUUUCCAGGAUAACUAACCAGUGGUUAACUCAUUAUCAAUUUCUUCUCAUGUGACCAGCUACAUGUGUAGGUGGAUAUAUUCUCUUAUUUUUUUUUAUAUUUUUUUUUGAAUGUCAUUCUUCAAAUUCCAGAAAACAUUACAUUGUUUAAUGUCUGUUAUUUGCCAAACAUCCAUUUUACUUAAAUGAUGAUAAUACUCAAAGUUUUGUGUCAAGAAAUUGAAGCAUAUCCAUAAUCAAGAACUAUUGACAAUAUCAUUGUUACCACUUGUGCCUAUCAUUGGUAUAUACAUUCAUGUUUGAGUACUACAGAGUUACGGCCCUUAAAUUUUAGUUAGCUAUCACAAAUUUAUUCAUGCUUGGUUAUCAAACAAAUUCUUACAAACUAAUAUAGAUCAUAUAUGAGCCGCGUCAUGACAAAACCAACAUAGUGCGUUUGCGACCAGCAUGGAUCCAGACCAGACUGCUUACAAACCCUAUUACAAGUAGAGUAACUGACAGCGAACAGCAUGAAUCCUGAUCAGACUGCGCGGAUGCGCAGGCUGGUCUGGAUCCAUGAUGGUCGCAAACCCAUUAUGUUGGUUUUGUCGUGACGCGGCUCAUAUGAGUCUUCUUCCUGGAACUACGUGUUCCUCUGUGUCAUAUCAGUAAUAGACCAGUGUCGUGACACCAGUUUGGCCUAAAUUCGGGGUUUCCAGGUUGAGGGGCAAAAUCCUUAUAAACUACGACACAACUCCUCUAAUAUUGUCAAGCACACAUUUUUUUAUGAUGGAAAUAAUGGCGAUUUCUGGAUUUUUUUUCAACAAAUACAUUGAGAUGCUUUGAACAAAACUUUAGAUUAUUCAAAUGCUUGCUGUUUUGUGUCAUUUUUCAAUUUGAUGUGUGACAUGGUCAGGAGUUUCAUGUUGUUGAAGCAGCUUAUGUAUUGUUAAAGCAGUUUUGUAUAUCUUAUCUUUGGCAUAAAUCCUCAGUAACGCAAGUGUGGUGACUUGUAUUGUUUCUGUUACUUACUUUUGUUUAAACAAUAUUUUUAUUUUCAAAAAUAAGAGAAAAGAAAAAAAAAAUCUGGAGGCAGUUGCGUAAAUAAGAGUUGUUAUGUAUUUUGUUGCUGCAACAGUUUGAAUACAUUCAAGUCAUUUAUGAUAAUUAUUGAUAACUAGAAUAGAUGGGAAUUAAAUUGAACUAUUUAUGGCAAUUCCUCUUGAAAUUCCUGCUUUAAUUGUGUGAAUAAAUAGGAUACAGUUACAUUUUUUUCUAUAUAUUAUGCAUAAUGAUGUAUGUGCUCCAUUUACGUACAUGUAUGUAUAAUAUGGAAUUCAUGGUUUCUAUGUGUAUAUGAUUGAAUAUAUUAAAUUUUUUUACUAAGCAUUCUAGGAAGUUGUCUGCGUUUAAAACAUGAUUUUGUUUGCUUUAUUUAUACAUAUAAGUAUAUAUGUAUGUAUCAUAGUUAAAUUGUCCAAAUUUCAUAAUUUUCACCAUUUAAAUUUUUUUCAUAGAUUUGUUUCCUACUUAAAUAAUUAAUAUUAAUUGAAUUUAGUUAAUAUAAUAUUAAUAGGUAGAUAAAUGUUGUUGUAUGUACAUGUAAAUUGUAGCAUGAUUUAUUAUGAAAUAUCUAUGGUUUAUAUAAGUAUUUCAUGGUGGUGUACAAAGUACAGUUUCUGCAGAUCAGCUCUUUUAAGAUCAAUUACCUGUUUACAACAACAGUAUCAAUUCUUGCCAACUUAAGACAUCACAUUAAUAAAUUUAAACACACUAGAGCAACAUCCAAAAUCUUUGUCUCCUAAACUACAGAGGUUGUACUAAAUAUAUAUACAUGUAUGUGUGGGAUUAAAAGUAGUGAUGUGGCCCUGUGUAAGAUGUGAUUUAGAAUUGAAUUCACAUAAACUCUUUGCUGCCAAAGGAUUUAUUAUAUAACUUGUGAGUAUUGGCUGGGGAUAUGUCUAAGAUUAUUAUGGCAUAGUGUAGAAUCUUAUUGUUUCACUACAUCUGUGUGAUCAAAACCUGACACAAUACUACUUAAUUGCUUGGGGCUAAAUGCUACUGAAUUAUUUGAGGUUAAAGCCUACUUAAUUAUUGUGAGAAGAAAAUGCUACUUAGAUAUUUGAGUAGUAAAUGCUACUUGAAUGUUCUGAGGAGAAAAUGCUAUCUAUAUCCUUUGAAAAAAAGAUGCUAUAACAUUAUUUUGAGAAAAAAAAAUGCUACUCAAUUAUUUUGAUGUUUUAAUGGAAAUAAUUUGCUCUAAAAGGAAGUGCUACUUUAUUAUAAUGAAGAAAUAUGCUGUUUUAUUUGGAGAGAUGGUGCAUAAUUAGAUUAAAAAAAUAAAUGCAACUGAUUUAUCUUGAUGUGAAAUUAUGCUUACAUCUUUUAUGCUACUUAAUUAAAUACUUAUGUUACUCAAAUGCAUUAACCAUUUCACUGGCAAGAGAUUGCUUCUUAUUUUUCCACUUACAGCCGAGGGCUUGUCUUUAAGGAUGGAGGCAUCAGGAUUUGCAGCCACCUUUUAUCCCAAAGUUAAUCAAAUUGUCACUCCUGUUCUCGCACCAUACAACAUUGUUUUUGUUCGCCAUAAAACCAAACAAAACAAAAAGCUCCCUACUUGUUUUUAUAUAAUUUAUUGCCUGUCUGAAUAUUAAGAUGGAAAUUUGAAGGUUGUAGUGUGACAAAGUCAGUGAGAUUACUUCUUGAUAGUAUAAACAUGUUGAAUGUUAUGUCCUUGUGAUUAAUUAUCAUAUUUUGAAUACUUCAGUAUAAGUAUAAUCUAAUUGCAUAAUAAUAUAAUGUGUUGUAUGAUUUUGUUUUUUGUUCUUAUAAUUUUAGAAAUAAAUGGAAAGAUAGUUUAAUAGAAGAAAUUAAUUAAUUGAUAUACCAUCAUUUUAGUGCAGUUACGGGUUAACACAUAGUAAAUUUCAAUGGUAGUUAACCCAUUAUUGUACUAAGAUGACAAUUUAUGUAUGUAAAUAUGUAGGUACUCUAAUGUUUUCCAUUUCAAUAAACUUUUUUUUUUAUCUUUUUGUAUCCUUUAUGAAUCAAUUUUACAUAUUGUUACAUUAAAAGCUGUAAUUUGUAGAUUUAUGAUUCAGUUUUUGCAGAGUCACAUCCUGUUAUAAUUAUAUUGAACAUAUCAACUUUAGACUGGGAAAGUCUUUAAGGGUUAAGCCCCUUUUUAAAUUGAAUAAAACAUGCAGAAACUUGAAGGUAGUAAAAAAGAAAAUGGGUAAUAUGGAGUUGGCUUUUGUCAGUUUUAGCUAAUUCUGGGUCAGGGGCUUUUGUCAGUUUUAGGUAAUUCUGGGUGGGGCUUUUGUCAGUUUUAGGUAAUUCUGGGUGGGGCGUUUGUCAGUUUUAGGUAAUUUUGGGUGGAAAUUUUGUCAAGUUUUUGGUAAAUUAGGAGGGGCUUUUGUCAGUUUUAGGUAGAUCAUGGUGGAGCUAUCGUCAGUUUAAGACAAUUUUGAGUGGGGCAUUUGUCAGUUUUGAUUAAUGCAAAUUUAUUCAGAAAUGACCUCUUCAGUGGAAUGCCACUUUGGCUAAAUUUUGAUAACUUACAUGAACACACACAUAUCUAUAUAAUAUUAUGAAAAAAUCAACUUUUUCUUUCAUGCAUGUACUCAGUUUUUCAUUUACAGAGAACACUGUUAAUUAAAAUGUGUCCUGUAAGCUUGGCAUUUUGUAAUUUUCAUUUCUUAUUUGUGAAAAGCUUGAACUUUUUUGUCAAUUUCUUAUCUCUUAAAUGAUUAAAAGAUACAUGAUUGUAUGUGCCAAAUAAUUGAGUAUAAUGAAUGAAAUGAAUAUGUUAUCUUCCAAAUUUUAAAAUUUGGAUUUUUUGUUUGCAGUUAUUGUACAAAUGUCUUUUAUUUUCCUUUUCUGAAUAUGUUUCAGAAAAAGCUAUAUAUAAGAGACAAAAUAAAACAUAGGACAUCUACAAACACAGUUUUAAUAAGCGUUUAAUUACAAUGGCUUUACUGUUACCACAUGCUUCCAGAUGAGUAACAAACUAAGAAGAAGAAAAAAUAUUCACAAUUCCAGUUACAGUUUGCUGGUAUUAUGCUAAAUUUGACUUUGUUUAAUUUAAAUGUCAUAAUUCUUCCCUGUUAUUGACAAGUAAUUGCCUAUUCUUGCAUAAUUUGAUACAUUAUAUACAUUAAACAUAAUUUUUUU